AUGCCCCGUCCGUUGCGAGGCGAUCCGAAAGAAGUCACACUCGUCAAAAAAGCAAGUGGCUGGUAUGCACAUAUCUCUUGCGAACUCCCCGCUACACACGAAAGUUGAGCCUACAGACGCUAUCGCAGUAGAUAUGGGAACAACGCACUACCUGACGACUUCCGAAGGUGAAAAGGAAGACAACCCACGCUGGUAUCGUGAAUCCGAAGGGCUGCUGCGAAAACACUCUAAAGACCUUUCUCGUAAGAAAAAAGGUAGCAACCGAAGAAAGAAACAACAACACAAAAUCGCUCUACACCAUGAGCGAACUGUAAAUAGACGUAAAGACUUUAUCGGCAAACUCGUCUAUAAACUCUACCACCACCUGAAAAACAAUGUUUUAGUGGCAGAGGAUUUACGCGUAUCUAAUAUGGUGAAGAACAAACACCUCAGCAAGAGUAUCAGCGAUGCCUCUUGGGCAACCUUCUUUGAGUGGGCAGGAAACAUAGCCGAAAGAGACGGUUUCCACUUCCACCAAGUUGAUCCCAAGAACACCUCGCAAAUCUGCUCUCGCUGCGGUCAGAAAUCGCCAAAGAAACUAUCGCUGGCGAUACGAACUUUUAACUGUCAGUCUUGUGGAAACACUAUGGAUAGAGACCACAAUGCUGCGCAAAACAUACUUUUUAAGGCAGCUGCUGCCUUUCGUGGAGAGCGGUGGGUUACCACCCUCAAUGAAACGAGAAACAAGAACGAAGCACAAGAUUUGGACUUGACUCACGCAACACAGUUGACGCUGUUUGAUGCUAUCUUCAAGCCCAAGUCUUUAGGCUUGGGUAGUUGA